CGGGCGUACUCGCAGGUGGUGGGCGCGCCGUUUUCGCUGUCAUCAGUGUGUGCGCUCGUGUACGCUCCACUCCUACCCUCUCCGGUUGUGGAUAGCGUGUUCUUCUCCUACCGCACCAUGACCCUGGAGGAAGUCCGCAGCCAGGAUUCCGUUCCGGAAAGCACUGCCAGGAUGCAGGGUGCCGGGAAGGCGCUUCAUGAACUGCUACUGUCAGCGCAGCGCCAGGGCUGCCUCACUGCCGGCGUUUACGAGUCAGCCAAAGUCCUGAACGUGGACCCUGACAACGUGACCUUCUGCGUGCUGGCCGCAGACGAGGAGGACGAGGGUGAUAUAGCGCUGCAGAUCCACUUCACCCUGAUCCAGGCGUUCUGUUGCGAGAACGACAUCGACAUCGUGCGUGUGGGCGAUGUGCAGCGGCUGGCGGCUAUCGUGGGUGCAGGCGAGGAGGCCGGCGCGCCGGGCGACCUGCACUGCAUCCUCAUUUCGGUGAGUGGCAUCUCCUGCCCGGUCUCUACUUCCCUCCUCGGCCGGCCCGCAGCCAGCCAAACUGAUCCCUGCUCUUUCCGCUCACUCAGAACCCCAAUGAGGACACCUGGAAGGACCCAGCCUUGGAGAAGCUCAGCCUGUUUUGUGAGGAGAGCCGCAGCGUCAACGACUGGGUGCCCAACAUCACCCUCCCCGAGUGACCACCCACAGGGGACCUUGGUCUGAUCGACAUGGUAACGCCCCGGGACGCCUAGUGCGCGGCUGGCUCUGUGGAGGGGCCCUCGGAGGGCGCCCAAGUGCGGCGUGGAGACUGGCAGGCGAGGGGGUGCCUGGAGAGCGAGGAGGCGCGUCCUCCCAAGGAGGGGGCCCGGCGGCGACAGGAACAGGCUGAUCCGAGCUGGACUCUGCAAGCGUCCGGAGCGGCUGCUCGCCCAGGAAGGCCGAGGCGGGGACAUUGGCCGCAGGGCCGGGAAGCACAGACUGGCCGGGCAGGCAUGACUCAGCAGCCUGCGCACGGCAGGAAGGAGGGGAAAGGCGCGGCGGUCUGGACUUGGUACAGUUGCAGGAGCCGCGACGGACUUAGCAGACUGCGCUGCUUUUUCAAAACGGAUCCAGGCAAUGCUUCGUUUUUCUCAAGGAUGCUGCUGUUGAAGCUUUGAAUUUUACAAUAAACUUUUUGAAACAAA